AUGACGGCGUUCCAUAUUUGACAUACGCGUGACUGUUCACGUCAGUCUUUGUCACGUGCAUGGCGAUGACGUCACUCCACCCGAAUCCUUUAUGACGUUCUUUUUCUUUUAUGGCAUCUUCUCUUCAGAGCUUGUAUACGCUUGGAACUUCUUUGUGGAAAGCCAGCGUUUGACCAUCCAUAAGAGUACUUGCUGCUCUUUUACAAAGUCAGUCAAACCACAUCGCAAAUCAAUCAACUGAUUGCUCGGAGUUGGUUAUCGAAACUCCUCUCCUUAAGGAAAUAUGCGUGAGUGUAUCUCGGUGCAUGUUGGACAGGCUGGCGUUCAGAUUGGCAAUGCCUGCUGGGAGCUUUACUGCCUGGAACAUGGAAUCCAGCCGGACGGACAGAUGCCCAGUGACAAAACAAUUGGAGGAGGAGACGAUUCCUUCAACACUUUCUUCAGUGAGACCGGAGCGGGAAAGCAUGUCCCCAGAGCUGUCUUUGUGGACCUGGAGCCCACAGUCAUCGACGAAGUGCGUACGGGAACCUAUCGGCAGCUCUUCCACCCUGAACAGUUAAUCACCGGCAAGGAGGAUGCCGCAAAUAACUACGCCCGUGGUCACUACACCAUCGGCAAAGAGAUCAUUGACCUCGUGCUGGACAGAAUACGCAAACUGGCUGACCAGUGCACCGGCCUUCAGGGAUUCCUGGUGUUCCACAGUUUCGGCGGUGGCACCGGUUCCGGGUUCACGUCCCUGUUGAUGGAGCGUCUAUCUGUGGACUACGGAAAGAAGUCCAAGCUGGAGUUCUCCAUCUAUCCAGCACCUCAGGUGUCCACGGCUGUGGUGGAGCCCUACAAUUCCAUCUUGACCACACACACCACCCUGGAGCACUCUGACUGUGCCUUCAUGGUGGAUAAUGAGGCCAUUUAUGAUAUUUGCCGCCGAAACCUAGACAUGGAGCGUCCUACAUACACCAAUCUGAACAGAUUGAUCAGUCAGAUCACUUCCUCGAUCACGGCUUCCCUUCGUUUCGACGGCGCCCUCAAUGUCGAUCUUGCAGAGUUUCAAACCAACUUGGUACCAUAUCCUCGUAUCCACUUCCCUCUGGCCACCUACGCCCCCAUCAUUUCUGCUGAGAAGGCUUACCAUGAGCAAUUAACUGUUGCUGAUAUCACCAACGCGUGCUUUGAGCCAGCCAACCAGAUGGUGAAGUGUGACCCUCGUCAUGGCAAGUACAUGGCGUGUUGCCUUUUGUAUCGUGGCGAUGUGGUGCCCAAAGAUGUAAAUGCCGCCAUUGCCACAAUCAAAACCAAGCGCACCAUCCAGUUUGUGGACUGGUGCCCCACUGGUUUUAAGGUGGGCAUCAACUAUCAGCCCCCCACUGUGGUUCCCGGUGGCGACCUGGCCAAAGUACAGAGAGCUGUGUGCAUGCUGAGCAAUACAACAGCCGUUGCAGAGGCCUGGGCUCGGCUCGAUCACAAGUUUGACCUGAUGUAUGCCAAGCGCGCUUUUGUUCACUGGUAUGUGGGGGAGGGUAUGGAGGAGGGAGAAUUCUCUGAAGCCAGAGAGGACAUGGCAGCUCUAGAGAAGGACUAUGAGGAGGUUGGGGCCGACUCAGUUGAUGAUCAGGGUGAGGAAGGAGAGGAAUAUUAAAGACGUACAAAGGAACUAGAUUGCAGGAAACAAUGUUUCCUCUGUGAUCCUGAAUGUAUUUGCUGAUUAGUUUGAUUGUGCAAACCAGACAAUUAGUUGGAUCACUAAAAGAUAAAUACCUUUUUUCCUUCAAAUUGUUUAUGCAUUUAGGACAAAAUUGACAAUUAAAAGAAAUUACCAACCUUGUUAUUCAAA